CCAAGUGUCACAGCCAAUACAGAGGAGUUUGCGGGUCAGAUUCAACCGUAAAGCGUCACUCGAAUCUUAUCACGGCGUUGGCACAGGCAAUCACCAUGGCCAGCUCCUCAAUGUGCCCUUGCUCCUCCUGCUUCGCCUCGAAUACCCAGCAUGUCCAGGCCUGGCAACCGCAGCAACAACAGCAGCAGCAGCAGCAACAACAGCAGCAACACCAACACCAACACCAACAAAAUCAAUCACUGAGGGAAAACAAGAGUUAUGGUUCUAAAACCACGUCGAACAAGCUGCGGCGAACUCGCAGCAUCGAGAGCACAACCUCCACUCUGGUUGGGUUGACAUCGGAUGCGCAGCCCAUGGCGCUCUCUGAGCAGUGAGGGCAAGCGAGGAAGGGUUGUCGGAGCAGAUAGAAAGA